AUGAUGGGAAAGAGAAUGCAUCAUAAUAGUAAAGGAAGAUUAGGUAGUAAAGGCCAUGAUAAUGGGAAACCAUCUAGUCCCGGAAUUUCUCCUUAUAAUAAACCUGCAAAAAUACCAAGUGUAGUAUCUGUUGGCAAAACAAAAGCUGAAAUGUGUCCUAUUCCAUAUAUUAGACAACAAGACAAUGCUAUAAGUUUGCCCAGGUUGACUGCUGUUGCAGCUAGACCGGCUGAUGAACUCAUUGGGAUGGAUGAGUUGGAUGCAUUGCAAUUAGAGUUGGAGACCCUUUUGUGCAAUACUGCACUUCGCAUUAGAUAUUUUCAAGGGGAAAUAGAAAGUAUUGAUACCAAUGAGUCUAAAAGAGAGAAAAAAGGUAAAGCAGCUGGUAAACAAUUACAAUAUUCCAUGAAACGUAAAUUUCCAGAUGAUAAGUUAGUGAAAACCAAAGAUUAUGCAAAAAUAUCAAAUCAGCCAAAGGUACCAAAAUUAAAACAUUUUAGUAAUACUUCAUCAGGUGCAUCACAUAACUACCUGAAUGAUAGUACAGUCAAUUCUGAUAAUUCUGUCAAGUUAGAAUUAUCCCAAUUACCUUUACCAAAGAAUAACAUUCCAUAUAAAUUUUGGAAUUCAGUAGAUCCCUAUUGUGCACCCGUGACACUAGAUGACAUUAAAUUUCUUGAAUCUUUGCUUGUACAAAGUAGUAACACUACACUUCCACCUAUUCCUCCUCUUGGUCGUCACUAUUCUGAAGUUUGGGCUGAUGAACACCUUGCAGAAGACCAAAAUGCUUCAAAUCCUAAUAAACAAAAAUCAUCUGGAAUGUCUCCUGAUGCAUCAAAUUUAAGAAAAAAAAUGGAGAAAUCUUCAGAUAAUAUGAUAACUGGACCUUUGACACAAAGACUCGUGUCGGCUUUGAUGGAAGAAAAUGUUAUGCCAUAUGAAGUCCCCGAUAUUAAAAUUAAGCAGUCCACAAAUACAAAAAAUAACUAUAAAAAUUCUUUGACCUUAGAGAAAUGUCUUAGAAAAGAAUUAGUGGAACAAGGUAUAUUGGAUCCAGAAGAUUUACCACCACUUACAAAUCCAGCAGAUGAUGAAAUAUUAGCAGAAAUUAAGAAAUGUCAGACAGAACUGACUGCUGUUAGAAAAGAAAAUUGCAGAAAUCUCAAAAAUCUGAUUGGCUUAUGCAAGCAAGAAAUGAUAAGACUGAAUUUAAAAAAACAGCUGGAUCAGGUGGAUAUGGAAUGCAUUGAUACUUACAAAAAAAUGGUAGCUGCUAAACAAAAGAAGCGUCCCAUCACAAAAAAAGAAAAAGAGGAUGCUUGGAGAGCUAUAAAUGAACAAAUAAGACUAAAUAAGGAAAUUAGUAGCUUGCCUUUAACAGGUCCAAACACAAGU